AAACACGUUGAUUUCGGUUUAGUCAUUCAAGCAGAAAAGUGAUUUCCUUAAUCUAUGUAUAAAUCCCGUUAUUUAGCGUACUCGAAUGUAGUUAGUUUUUUGCAAUCAACGAGGUGGAACUCUACUAACAAAAAAUUAUACAAACUGCUAAGCAAAAUGCCCCUGGACCCCAAACACAUCGCCGAAGCACAGAAACAACGGCUGAAGCUGAAGCAAAAAGUGUCCAAAGUUUCGCCGGGAAUCGUUAACCUGCAGGUGCUUGGAUGCGGAGCACCCGGAACCCCGGCAUCGGUGUAUCUGUUCACCGAUCAGACACGCUAUCUGUUCAACUGUGGCGAAGGUACGCAAAGGUUAGCGUACGAGCACAAGACAAAACUGUCCUGUUUGGAGAAUAUUUUUAUGACCCGCACCAGCUGGGAGCGCAUCGGUGGACUGCCGGGAAUCUGUUUGACCAUGCAGGACGUCGGAGUGCCAGCAGUAUCGUUGCAUGGACCGCCCGGUUUGGAGGAGCUGUUCAAAGCGAUGCGCCGGUUCGUGAUAUUGAAGGAUAUGAAAGUGGAUGCUUCGGAGUACAGCACGGGAUAUGUGUACGAGGACCACGUAAUGACUGUACGGUACAUUAGCAUCAAACGGGAUACUGCCAACAUUGAGGCAAACACUACCGAAGCACAGGAGGAAGAAGAAGCAUUGGUAGAUGAGACAGAUUAUUACGCAUACGAGAGGAAAAAAGAUUACACCAAACAGGAAGCUUCCUCGACCACCGGUGGACAAAACUGGACCAGGCGAGAAGAGCAAUCGGUUAUGGCGUACAUAUGCAAGCUAAAACCACGACUCGGACAGCUAUCGUUGGAAAAAUGCGUAGACUUUGGCGUUCCAGCGGGCCCACUGCUGGGACAGCUUAAAAACGGCAACGAUAUUACGCUACCCGAUGGGCGCAUCGUGAAAUCGAGUGACGUACGAGCCCCGGACGAUCCAGGUCCGGUGUUCAUCUUUCUUGACAUUCCUAGCCGGGAGUAUUUUAAAGACUUUCAAGCGAAGGCUGACCUGUUUGCCCCUUACCAACAAGGAGCAACCGAGGCAUCUGAUCAAGCAAUGUUUGUCAUGCACUUCAGCCCCCUGGAAGUGAUGCGCUGUGACGAGUACAGGAAAUUUAACGAUUCUUUCUCGGCCAGCACCAGGCACAUAGCGCUGAACGAGGUGAACGGCUUUUCGGGAUACAUUGCGGCCCAUCGUAUACAGCAUCACUUGAAUCAGCUUGAUGACAAAAUGUUUCCGUUGUUAAGAGAAGAAAAUAAUGAUUAUCAAAAUCCCCCAGCAAGUGAUAGUAAUCUUUUACGUUCAUCUUCCUUGAGUUGUCUGCACAUACGACCUUCGAAGGGAAUUGAUAGAGCACAAGAAGCCCUACUAAACCCAACCGAGUAUCUGAAUGAGUUGGAUCUUUUACCGGAAUUCAAAAGUGCGUUGACCGAUUUGAAACUUGAACUACUUCCGUUCCACGAGCGGCGAUCCGUCACGUUACGAACGGAACAGUUUCCUCGAAUGAUUUUUCUAGGCACGGGAUCGUCGAUACCGAACAAAACUCGUAACGUGAGCGCAAUUUUGAUUUUGACAAAUGCGCAUUCGUCAAUCCUUUUGGAUUGUGGCGAGGGAACUGUUGGUCAGAUAGUGCGAUUUUUCGGCAACACUCAAGCAGAAAGUGUGCUUCGUUCCAUCAAGGCGGUCUACAUUUCUCAUCUUCAUGCCGACCAUCACUUAGGUUUAAUAGGUCUUUUGCAAGUACGUAGAAAGCUGUUUGGAGAUGAUUGCGAAAAAGUGAUGCUUUUUGCACCGGAACAAAUCUCCUACUGGCUACGGUUGUACGAUUGUAGAUUCGAGACUAUCCAAAGGGGUUAUGAUCUCGUUAAAAAUGCCGAUCUUUUGGAAAGUCCCUUGAACGAUGAACGACUGCUGGAAAUGGGUAUCAAGGAAGUAGCCACCUGUCGCGUCCGCCACUGUCCGCAUUCGUUCGGGUUAGCCUUGAAAAUGGUGUCCCUUGGCACUCACCGCGACACAGGAAUCGAGGGGGAUGUAAAAAUCACCUACAGCGGUGAUACGAUGCCUUGCGAAAGCCUUAUUCAGCUGGGCCGAGACUCGACGGUGCUCAUCCACGAGGCAACUAUGGAGGACGAGCUGGCCGCGGAGGCGCGCCUCAAGAUGCACAGCACCCUCUCACAGGCCAUCGAGCAGGGAAGGAAAAUGAACGCGAGGUACACAUUGUUGACGCACUUUAGCCAACGGUACGCGAAAAUUCCGCGCCUUCAACCAGAACAGCACCAGUCGGGGUUGGGCACGGAUCUGGGAAUUGCUUUCGACAACAUGGAGGUAACACUGGACGAUUUGCCCGCGUUGUGCAAGUUCUAUCCCGCACUGAAGGCUAUGUUUAUCAGUCACUUUGAGGAGAUGGAGCAGAAAGCUAUUAAACGUGGCAACAAAAAAAUGCGCCUGGAAGUCAGUAAAAAUGAUGCUGCGUAUAAAGCGUGUUCACCGACGAGGUGAUGCCGUGUAUCGGAUCGAUAACGAAUAAAAGGAACCAUUUGUUAGCAUGAAGCAUUCAAAAUGUCAUCAAAGCGUCAUCAUUGAACAGCCAGUUCUGUAACCAAUGUUUUAUUUCCCAAGAAUGUUCGAUUUAUUACUCACGUAGCUCAAUGUAUAUUU